AUGGGGAAUUAAGUUAACGUUAUUAAGGAUAAUGCGUAUAGAAAAAAUACAAGUUCUCUUCUAAAUGUACCUUUGAGCAGGGUUAGAGAUUUUCAUGCUUCCUUCAAGAGUAUUUGUGAUAAUUUUAGUAUGGAUUUAAGUGAAUUUGAACAUAUAUUUGGUGCAAGUGAAAGCGCUUUUGUUAUUUGGGAUACCGAUAACAAUGGUUUGAUUGAUUCAUUAGAAUUAUUUAGUGGAAUCACUCUAUUUUCAGAUACAAAAUUUGAAGAUAAAAUAAGAUUCUUGUUCGAUCUGUUUGAUUUCAAUGAGUUAGAUAGCUUGGCUUUAGUAGACAUAGAAUUUAUGAUAUAUUGCUGCAUAAGUGCUACAUACAAAAUAUUUAGUAUAUCACAAGAAAUUUCAGCACAAGAUAUUUCAGAGUUUGCAGAAAAGCAAUUUAGCACAGAUGUCAGAAUCACAGUUGUUAAGUUGCUAGAAUAAGCAAAAAAAUCAAGUAAAGUCACAGAAUUCUUUGACAUCAUAAAAAUGGAAAACCCAAAUAGUGGAUCAAAGAAUACAUCUGGCUAGCCAAACAUUUAAAAACUAGUAAACAAUAAUUCUUUGGCUAAAGAAAAUAAUUUAACUAAUAACAUUGACAGUAAAGAAGAAAGUAAAUAGUAAUGA